AUGGAUAGAUGGGAUAGAGGAUCCUAUGAAAGAUUAAGUAUAAGAGAAUCCGCACAAUGUCUAAAAAAAUACGGUAGCACUAACAAGCGUGUAACUAAGAAUGAAUCUUACAUAAAACACUAUGUAACAAAUACUGACACCUUACAAGGUAUUGCCCUCAAAUAUAAUGUUACGAUCGAACAAAUACGAAGAGCAAACAAACUAUGGACAUCCGAUAGCUUAUUUUUAAGAGAAUUUUUAUUAAUCCCCAGCGAAGAAUCUUCUAGCUCGAACAUUAGUCAAGAACAACCACAGGCCUUGUCUCAAUCGACUGUCACUUCUCCAUGCAGCUCUAGUUUCGAUGAGGAGGACAUAGAUGGGUUCCUAAAUAAAAUAGACGCAGCAAUAGCAUCGAACAAACAGGGUGUAGAAAAAACCACAAGAAAUAGCGAAUUUGCCAGUAGUGUAGAACAAGCAGAUAGACGACAACCUGCCGUCUCUAGGAUGAAACAAUUAGUAAAUAAUAAUACAAAUCCGUUAGGCUCAGAACAAAAUAAUCCAUCUCAUCCAAACGCAGUUGUAAUUCAACAAGGGAACAAAGUAAGAACAUCAUUAAGGCAGCACGAACGACAACAAGAUGAACUGUUCCAACUCUAG